AAAUUUAUUGGCAAUGGAAAGCCGGUCAAUUCCAACAGGCUCCAACGUGAUUGACUAGAGACCGAGACAGGGAGAUCAAGCCGUCCAUCUCUCUCUCUCUCUCUCUCUCUCUCUCUCUCUCCUUUGGGUUUUCAUGUAAUUAUAUUAUCUUGCUGCGCAUUUCUUUCUCAUGAUAAUAUAAUAUACAUAUAUUUUUUGUGAUAAUCCAAGCUUGUGUUUCUGAUUUGGAGAGGCCUUUGCUUUUCGGAUAAUCAUUCGAAGGAGUGCUUCCCGCAACAAAUCCUAAUGCUUCUGAAAGCAAUUAUUUCUUGAAAACAGCGAAACUAUGGUCUCUUCCGAGAAAUAGAAGGCCUUAGAGAGCUUCGACGGCAGAGAGAGAGAGAGAGAGAGAGAUGGGAUCUUUCAAGGGCCAUGUUCUUCCGGGGACUCUGUUCCUUGUAGUUGGGGCAUGGCAUGUUUGGAGCUCUUUGGUUCGAUACGCGUCGAAUCCGAAGUCGUUUCGUGUGCAGGUCUGGAACCCGGUGCCGGGUUUCGAUGGCAGGCUGAAACACUUGGAGCUAUAUCUCAUAGCUGUAGGGGCUUUCAUUGAUAUGUGCGUAGAGCUUCUGUAUUCUACCCAUCUCAAGUUCUUUGUUCAUGGCGUCCUGAACCCAUCUCAUAUGAACGACUUUGAGCACGCUGGAAUGCUUCUUAUGUUCUUCGUCUUUGGCGUCAUUGCUCUGCUGUCUGAGAAAUCUAGAUUUCUUCACUUGCCAGAAGGGGCUUUGUGCUUGGUUGCCGCCACAGCGUUCUGUUCUGAGUAUCUAUUAUUCUCCUUCCACUCAACAUCCCAUAAAGGCCUUGAGGGGUACUAUCACCUCCUCCUUGUGCUACUAAUAGCCCUCUGCAUUUUGUUCACCGUUGCUGGAGCACUCAUUCCAACCAGCUUCAUAGUUGAUUUGUGUAGUGGCAUCGCGAUAACACUCCAAGGCCUAUGGUUCUAUCAGACUGCCUUCACUCUCUAUGGCCCCAUGAUGCCAGAUGGUUGUCGGCUCAAGGAAAAUAUGAUAUCAUGUCACUCAAGUGAAAGUCAGGUUCGCGGUGAAUUGCUUGCCAACUUCCAGCUAUUUUCCCUUGUCCUUGGUGUUCUUGUUGCAGUGGUGGGAUCAUAUGGUUUUGCAGUUUCAAGAUUUGGGCACUCUGAUCUUCGGAGCUUGUACACAGUUCAUGGUUGAUUAGAUCAAGAUCAAUAUAGGGCUCUUCCUUCCACCGCCACCGUGAUCAGAGCUUUAGUUAUAUCCGUGUGACAAUUCCUUCAGUCGUUUUUCUGUUUUGCGUGUAAUGCAUGCCCCAGAGAGGUAUCAUCAAGCUGGCGGAAGGAUUUUUAAGAACUGCCUUUAAAGUAUUUAAGAAGUUCGCAGAGAGAGAGAGAGAGAGAGAGGGAGCGGCAUGUUCUGCAUAGGGUGAUAUAAUUUGGUGGAAUUCAUGGAUCAACAUCAGAAAAAAUAAGUGCAGUGUUAAAGACUAAGGAUAAACCUCAAUAGCUCUUCUUUGAAUAUUUCAAUAUUUCAUUAUGUGUUUCUAUCUUUAUUACCUGUUCCAUUUGACAAUUUUUUUUGUUUCUUUUCCUUUUCUGGUGUUUUUGGGUUUGAAACUUGAAAGUGGAAAAAAGGGGUGUUGGGUCUCCAUGAAAAUGACUUCUCAUGCUCUCAUGUCUUGCUGCAGAGCACCUUUGCUGUAGCUUUUCAUAUAUUACUUAAUUAAAAUUCCAUUCAUUGGUGGGUUGGAUACCAA